GAUGACGCAGCCGCUGACCGAGGCGCGGCGGUUCACCUCGCAGCGCUGGUUGAACACGUCAGCCAGGCGGGACGUGAUCUGUGAGGGGACACGGGCGGACGGGUCAGGGCGCAGGCACCUGCUGAGGGCACCCACGGCCCCGGCCGGGUGACUCCAGCACCGCCUCCACCUCCUUCAACACCCCAAAGCCUCAAUCCCCGCGGCCGCGCCACACAGCGAGAGCCCCUUGGAGCAAGGCAGCAGCCCUGGGACAGGAGGAGGCCACAGGCUGGGCCUGGUCCACUGCUCAGAGACACUGUGAUCCUCCACGCUGCCUCCAGGACACUUGGUUAUGUGCUGCUGCGGUGCCAGAGCCACGUCCAGCUCCUGGGCAGCCCCCGGGAUAAAAUCCUUCACUCCCCCCUCAGCUGGCUGCCCCACGGGCCGGUUUCCUGGGCAGGCAGCAGAAACCAUUCCUGAACUGUUCCACAAGCACUUAAAGGACAGAGAGCUGCUUUUCCAUGCCGAGGGCUGCCAGGACAAGGGCAGCACAUGGCUGCGGUGGCCUUCAGCCAAGCAGGGGCCUCUGUCACCAAAGAGCAGCAGCAGGAAGAUCCUGGGGAUCCGGGGGGGCCCUGCAGGGGUAGGACGCUGUGUGGUGAUGGCCACCACACCCUGGCUCACACCAGCUCCACACCAGAGCGCUCAGACCGUGCCUGCACCCAUACCCGGCUCCCUCUCACCCAAUGACCCUAUGGGCCGAGCUGGCUCAAUGCGACCCACAGCUCUGGCUUCACCCUCCAUGGCAGCCUGUGAGGGGCCUGGCUGGGGGCUCGUGGGCAGCAAGACGCUCACUCGUGGGCGCUCAGCUCCCCCUCUCCAGGCUGGAGAGCUCCUCAGGCGCUGCCACACGCCUCCCCUCUCCCCCUCAGCACUCCCUACGUCCCUGUGGCACACACAGGUGGGUGCAGUGCUUGGGGCAGGGACCUGCUGCUGUCCUGGGCAGCAACAACAGCAAUGAAAGCAGUCCUGCUGCGGAAUCUCCGGACCCGGCUCCCAACCGGGCCCGUCCCCAGGCUGAGACCCCCGCGGGAGCUCCUGCUCUCACCUUGUUGUAGAGCUUGAUGUUGGUGCCGGGCGUGGUGGAGCCGAAGUGGUAGACGAGUGGGGCCUGGAGGGAGAAGCCCUCUUCCACAUCGGCCGGCCGCUCGAUGUAGAGCGCACCCAUGGUGCCGGGGAUGGAGACAGAGCCCUGCCCCACGUCCAGCUCCACGAAGGUGGGCCGGCGGCCCAGGCGCACGGCGUAGUUGAGCAGCAGGCGGCACACGGUGGACUUGCCCACGUCGGUGGGUCCCACCACCAUGACGCGGGGCCCGCGCUCGUCCUCGCGCUCUGCCUGGCGCCGCAUCUGCUCCAGCGCCGUGUGCGUGUUGAGGUACAGCAGCAUCGGCGUGUCCUUGGACACGUAGGCCACCUCGGUGCGGCCGCUGAGCUGCACGGUGCAGCCGUGCCACGUGAACACGGCCACCUUGGCGCCGGCGUCGAACGUGAACUUCUUGUUGCGGGUGAGCUCGGUGCCGAACACCUCGGCCAUGCCGCUGAGCAGCUCCAUCUGCACCGUCUGCGACGACUCCACCUCGAACCGCAGCUCCGUCUCCCGCUCCAGCUCGAACUUGGCCACUUGCUUCUUCUCCUCGCCGCCGUCGUCCGCCAUGGCGCGGCCCCGGGGCUCGCCUCAGCGCUGCGGGGACGGGGUGAGCGGGGCCGGGCCGGGCCUGCCCCGAGCCCCCCCGCCCGUUGCAGACCCUCCCCCCCGCCGCAGCCCGUUACCAUGGCACCGCCGGUGCCCCCCCCACCUCCCCCCGCCGCAGCCCGUUGCCAUGGCACCGCCGGUGCCCCCGCCCGCCCCCGAGCCCGCUCACCGGAGCCGCCGCUCUUCCGGGCCAGAGAGGCUGCGCCGGAAGUGAUGUCAGAGCGGCGCGCCGCGGCAGGCGGGGACAGCAGCGGCGCUGGUUGCCAUGGCAGCCGCGCGGGGUGACGUACGACGCAGGGGCGGGGCGAGGGCCCGGGGGGCGGAGCCUGCCGCGGCGAGGCCUCGGUUACAUCUCAUUUGCAUACGGCCCGCGUGCGCCGCCCGCCUCGGUUACGCAUCCUUAGACCGGGCCCCCAUUGGUCGGCGCGGUCCCGGCUCAUUUGCAUCUCAUUUGCAUGUCGUCGGCUCAUAGCGCCCCCCGCCGUCUGACCGCGGUGACCCCGCGGAGGCGGGGGGGAGGUGAGCGGGGGGUCCGAGGUGCCGGCGGGCACCGGCGGCGGCGUUGACGUCGUAGGUGCGGGCGGUGACGUCACGGCGCGGGAUGAGUCACGGUGCCGUGAUGCGGUUCCCGGGCACGCAGCGCCCCCCCCCGCCCGGUGCCCGCCCCGGUGACAGCGGCAACGGCGGCAGCGGGGACAGCGGCCGCCGCCCCCUUUCCGCCCUCCUGCUCCGCGGGCGCUGCGGAAGGACGGCCCUGGGCGCUCUGCUGCGCUGCUUCCCCUGCGAGCGGCUCUGCGGGGGGGCCGCGGUGCCCCCCGGGGCGCUGCCGCCCGCCACGGGCCCCCCCCGCCGCCGCCGGCCCCCCCGCACGUUCCGCAGCUACCUGCCCCGCUCGCACCGCACCUACAGCUGCGUGCACUGCCGCGCUCACCUCGCCCGCCACGAGGAGCUCAUCUCCAAGUCGUUCCAGGGCAGCCACGGCCGCGCCUACCUGUUCAACUCGGUGGUGAACGUGGGCUGUGGCCCGGCGGAGCAGCGGCUGCUGCUGACGGGGCUGCACUCGGUGGCCGAUAUCUUCUGCCAGAGCUGCAAAACCACCCUGGGCUGGAAAUAUGAACAGGCCUUCGAGAGUAGCCAGAAGUACAAGGAGGGGAAGUUCAUCAUCGAGAUGUCCCACAUGGUGAAGGAGAACGGCUGGGACUGAGUGCGGGGGGGGGGGCACCCCGACGCACCCCCCAAGGGCACCCCCAGGGGGUGCUGGCAGCGGGUGCCCCAUCGCCUCCCCCCACCCGGUGCAGCGGCUGCGCCGGGGCCUUUUCUAGGGCAAUAAAGGCUUUUUUGUAGGAA